AUCUUAAUGGCCUUUCUUAAAGUUAUUAUUUUAAGGGCAGCCAACACUUAGCGAAUCUAAUGGCAGUGUGGUUUGUUUGUGCACUUUUAUAUGCAGGUAGUGGCACCAUGUCCAGGACAAGUCUGCGGAAUCGGAUGUGGGCAUACUGUGCAGCAUCAUUUGGCUUCACACUGCUGUCUUCCACAUUCUCCUUCUAUUACGUGAAAGUGUUUCUCAACCUCUACCACAUAGACGAGAAAUGGUUUCAUCUUGCACAGAUCCUCUACCUAGUGUGGAAUGCUGUAAAUGACCCACUGUUUGCGUAUUGCCAGGAUACCAGUGCGUCUUGGAUGCCAACCACUCGUCGAGAGCUCAUACUAUACACCGGGCCUCUGUUUGGUGUGGCGUACUUGUCGGCGUGGUUCCCGUGGGCAGAUUCCAGUUGGGUGACAGGCCUUCACCUCAUUGUGGCCUUAUGCCUGUACGACACCAUGUUCACCUUCAUAGGGCUGGCACUGUGCUGUCUGUUCACGGAGAUUGCUGUCACGGAAAGUGAACGUAUUCGCCUCACGCAGAUGUCACAGAUAGUUGGGUUCAUUAGUUCCUUCUCCGUGACACUUUGUGAGUUUUCAUCGAACAGUUUGAAGGAUUUCUCCAAGUUCCAGGCUACAACAGUCCUCCUUGCUGUUUUGAGUGCUGUUUUUAUGGUGUAUGCUGGGAAACACGCUCACACUUACUAUGACGUGCGGAAGAUGGCGGCGACGAAUGAAGAGGAGAAAGAGGAGGGUUGCACACAGUCUACAGACAGGACUUCGUACUGGAGACUCACAUGGCAAAUACUUUCAGACAGGAACUUCCUCUCAUUUGUUAUCACAAACUUUUUGCAAGACUUUCAUCGAACUUUCAUAAUGAGCUUUACUGUGAUAAUUUGUGACCAGCUCAUCAGCGAGGAUGAUGUUCAUCCAUACGUCAGGAGUGUUUUCUAUGGCAGCAUAUCCGCAAUACACUCAUUAAUCGUCAUAUUUGGUGCCCCACUGGUGGACAAGCUGGGUUACUUCAGUGUCAUUCGUGGAAACUUUGUUUGGAAAAUAUUAUCUGGACUGACCAUGCUGUUCCUUGGUCAGGGCCACCCCUGGCUGCUGAUCCUGUUUCUUCUUGCUGACAGGGCUGGUGCAUGUAGACUUGGGCAGGUUGUUCCCCGGCCAGGGCUGGUAGACACGCAGCAUGUUAAGGUUGUUCCCCCGGGCUGGGCUGGUAGACACCAGCAUGUUAAGGUUGUUGUUCUCGGGCUGGUAGACACUGGCAUGUUAAGGUUGUUUCUCGGGCUGGUUCCCAGGGCUGGAGACAUGGGCAUUGUUCCCAGGGCUGGGCUGGUAGACACGGGCAUGUUAAGGUUGUUCCCAGGGCUGGUAGACACUGGCAUGUUCCGGGCUGGUUGUUUCCCAGGGCUGGUAGACACUGGCAUGUUAAGGUUGUUCUCCAGGGCUGGUAGACACUGCUUAGUGUAUCCAGUUGAAACUUCCCUCAUAGAGCACUGGCUUCAGUGCUUCCCUCACAGUGCAUUCAGUUCGGCACUUGCUCAGAGUUCAGUGCUUACUUCCAAUGUGUCUGCGUCUCUAGAUGAGGCGUUUGGUAACCUGAGGAAGGUUAAGGAUGGGUUCGCAGCUCCCCGCUUCAAUUUAGCAUCUGCUCAUGUUCAUGGUUUCUCUACGCUGAUCGUCUCCCCUCCGGUGGAUGAUGAUAUUACGUUGUUGGGAACCAAACAGAAAGCCUACUCGCCGUUCCUGGUCGAGGAUCGUUCAACCAUCAGCUGCCUGUUUGUGUCACCGAUUCCGGACCCUCUGGCUUGGAAUCACGAUGCUCUUGCCAUUCCGUGGGACGACCUGAACACUUACGCGUUUCCGCCAGUGGCCCUUCUUCCUCGCAUACCAGUGAAACUGCGCGCAACUCAGCGGAUGGCACUACUUUUGGUUGCGCCCUACUGGCCGGCCAGAAGUCUUCCUCAGGACCAAUCCCUGAAGUUCCGGCCUCCAGCUUGGGAUCUUUCCGUUGUGCUUGCUCAUCUCACAUCAGCUGAUUAUGAACCUCUGGAGGAGAAAGAUUUUGAACAUGUCUCCUUUAAGACCUUCUUUCUCCUGGCCUUCGCCACUGCUGCCCGUAUUUCGGAGUUGCAUGCUCUUGAUGUCUCUCGGUGUGUCUGUUUCAGACAUCCGAUGACCUCAAUGAUCUUUGGGACAAAUGCCCUGGUGGUAAAACCAGCACAGUCUCUGUGUCCGAUGUUCAUUGUGACAGUUCUCAACAUGUACGGGUACCAACACUUGAAGAAUGGAACACUCACCUCACCUGACACCUCCCAGCUGAAGGAGGUCAUGUUCCAUCUGGCCUGCUGUCUGCCUGUUGUUAUGGGAUGCUUGCAGUUGCUGUCUUGGUCCUUCUUCAGCAUCCGGCUACGCCAUGCACCCAGCCACACUGUGGAUGUCACUGCAUAAACACAAGGGGGAGACAGGCCGCUCCACUGUCCUCCUUCACCAUCCAGGGACAGCACUCACCCAGCCACACUGUGGAUGUCACUGCAUAAACACAAGGGGGAGACAGGCUGCUCCGCCGUCCUCCUUCACCAUCCAGGGACACCUCUCACCCAGCCACACUGUGGAUGUCACUGC